GUGCCAAUCACGCCGCGGGGCGGGGCGCGUGCGGCGGCCCUUGGCGCUGAGGGGGCGCGCGGCUCCGGCCUCUGCCCGGGCCGAUCCUGCCCCGGCGGCUCCCCCGCUCCUUGUCGCUCUCUCCUGCGUCCCGCCGCGAGCAGCCGGGGCCUCCUCCAUGCGGGAGAAGAGGAGGAGGAGGUGGGAGCUGCUCGCCGGCCAUCCCCGGCGCCCGGCAAGUCGGAGCCGACCCGCCGCCGCGCCGCUCCUGCCGCAUCUCCCCGCGGCGCGGAGCCGGCCCUGAGCUCUGCCUGCCGCGCCGCCCCCGGGCCCCUCCUCAUAGUCUUGCCCCCACCCUCCUAGUCUUUCCAGACCCUUCCUCCUAGUCUUCCUCCUUUUCCUAUUUUUUUUUUUUUAAUUGUCCCCCUUCCCCCCUCCCCCCCCAUCUCUUUUGAUUCUCACUCUGGCUGCGAGCAAAGCGUCUUCAUGAGCGCAGAGGAUGUCCGGAAAGCACUACAAGGGGCCUGAAGUCAGUUGUUGCAUCAAAUAUUUCAUCUUCGGCUUCAAUGUCAUUUUCUGGUUCCUUGGCAUAGCAUUUCUUGGGAUUGGAUUGUGGGCAUGGAAUGAAAAGGGAGUGCUGUCCAAUAUCUCCUCCAUCACUGACCUGGGAGGCUUUGAUCCUGUUUGGCUCUUCCUAGUGGUAGGAGGAGUUAUGUUCAUUUUGGGAUUUGCAGGAUGCAUUGGAGCUUUACGAGAAAACACUUUUCUUCUCAAAUUUUUCUCUGUAUUUCUUGGAAUUAUUUUCUUCUUGGAGCUCACUGCUGGUGUUCUAGCAUUUGUUUUCAAAGACUGGAUAAAGGACCAACUGUAUUUCUUUAUAAACAACAACAUCAGAGCAUACCGAGAUGACAUUGAUUUACAAAACCUCAUAGACUUCACACAGGAAUAUUGGCAGUGCUGUGGGGCUUUCGGAGCCGAUGACUGGAACCUCAAUAUUUACUUCAAUUGUACAGAUUCCAACGCGAGUCGAGAGCGCUGUGGUGUGCCAUUCUCUUGCUGUACUAAAGACCCUGCUGAAGAUGUUAUUAAUACUCAGUGUGGCUACGAUGCAAGGCAAAAACCAGAAGUUGAUCAGCAGAUUGUUAUCUACACUAAAGGCUGUGUCCCUCAGUUUGAGAAGUGGUUGCAGGACAACCUUACCAUAGUUGCUGGUAUAUUCAUUGGGAUAGCAUUACUGCAGAUAUUUGGGAUAUGCUUAGCCCAGAAUUUGGUUAGUGACAUUGAGGCUGUCAGAGCCAGCUGGUAAAACUGCUGAAGUAACCACAAGACACUGGACAACCGAAACCUCUGAAACCUCCAGUGUGUCACUCCGACACCAAGCUGUAUGGACAUGGGUGACAGGGAAGCCUUCUCUCCCAAGUAGUCUCAAGUCUUAAGUUCCUGAUAUUGCGGUGAACUUGUGUUUCUUUGGGGUGGGGGAGAGAAGAGUGGGCUAUUGAAAAUCUGCUGCUCACUGACAAUAUUUUUUUCUUUUAAACCACCACUUUGAAAGCUGUUGAGCCGUGAAUCUCUACUGUAUUCUUGAUUUUGAGUAACAAGUGGACACUUUUUUAAAUUGAUGUAUUCAGUGAGACAGAGUUGCAUUGUUGUAGUCUGUGGAUAUGCUGUUUAUUCUUCAUGUCAUGAGCUCUUUGAUAGCUGCCAAAUAUUCCUGAGAUGGUCUGUCUCCUCACCACUUUGUGAAGGAGCAAUCUUCUUGUUUUCACAACUAAACAUAGCUACAGGCCUAAACCCAUGAACCAGGAAGUAACUUUCUAUGCAUCUAUUGUACAGUGAAAGAAAUUGUUUUUAAAACAAGGGAUUUUUUUAUGCAAGCUUCCAAAUAUCUCCCUGUAGUACUUUGAGAUUGGAAUUAGCAGAAGUGAGAAUUGCUUAAUUUUGUCAAGAUUUUUCUUUCUUCUCCACCCUUGUAUGAAGAGAAAGAAGUUUUAUAUUUGACAAAGAAGGGUUGCAGCCACACCCUUUGGAUUUCAGUCUCUUAGGGCAAGGAUGGGAUAUAAUUGUAUAAAUGUAUGAAAACAAUGUGGAUGUUGGGUCCAAGUGAAGAAUAAUAUUCAAAGGAUGAAUUAUAUAUUAACUUAAAGAAAAUCACAACAUAUGUAUCUAAUAUGGCAAAAUCUUUUGUUUCUCUGAAAUUUAGUGUAACCUAAUGUAUUUAGGGAUCUCACUAAUAUUAAUGCUUUGACAUACUCAUGUGAAGCUUGUUUGGUCUGUUCCUAGUUGGGGCUUUGGUCUUUCUUUUUUUGUUUUUCUUUUCUUUAAUUCUUUGUACUUGCAUGAGCUGUGGAAUAAGAGUCUGUGACACUCCAGUGCUUUAAAUAUGUGCAUAUGUUUUUUAAUACAGUCUAAUCCAAACUUAUUUAUUGAUAAAUGCAUGUGAUUAUGGAAAUAUCAUAUCCCAUUCUCUUGGAAGUUGGAGAGAACAGUUUUGCCAGAGUAAAUGCUUACCUCCAGUAAAUGAAUCCAUGCUGUGGAGAUGUAUCUCCCUCUCUUGCUCUAAAGGCAACAAAGAGCUCUCUUGCAGCAAUAGAAUAAAAGUCUUAAAAUAGAAGCAUUCGUUUGGAUCAGCUAAGACGGGCUCUUUUGAAUUGGACACAAGAAAGCAGAAUGUGGAAAAAAGCACAAACAGUGGAAGAAGACUUGGAUCAGACUCCAUCCAGCUUAGCACUUUUGAUUUGUUCUUCACUAAUAUAGUGAACUUAAAGACCUGACCAUGGCUUGGGUAGUUUAUUGCACUUUGUAUAAAUUUAGCGUGUUUUAUGACCCUUCUCAGUAUCUCCAUACCAGUCCUGAAAGCUGUGGUCCUGCUUUGGUCAGACAGUGGCAAAGGGUGUGUAGCACCUCUUUGUAAGAAUGUAACAUCUUUCUGAGUUGAGUUUGGUAAAACGGGAGGGAUAUGGAGUAGAGGAGCGGAACACAUUGCUUUCAAAGCUUCUCUGUUCUGGGGGAUAGAUACAAGGGUGGUCUGAUGACUUGUUCAGGCCCUUUCUGGUCCUGUGACUCUUAAACAAAUGAAUAUAUGUACUCUUGCACAUUUUGCCUUUCUGUGCUUUAGUUGGCCAUGGUUUUUCUCUCCUCUGAAGGCUAGUGAUGGGCAUGCUGGUGCUUCACAGAUGCCUCAGACAGACCUAUUAUCCCCCCAUCUUUGAGCAUUACCUCAUCCUCUUCUGGUUAACUCCCACUGACUGGCUCUGAAUCAGGCAGCCUCCAAUAUCCCUUGGUAUCUGCUGUUAAAGGCCAGCCAUGACUUAGAGUAUUUUUAAAGCCUUUCAAAGCAAUUAUAAUUCAUUGUCCUUAAUAAAGUUGGUUCCACCUCAGCACAGCGUUAUGUUUUUCUUAGCCACUCCUCUACUUGAAGAGUUACUGGUUGUUUUCCCCCAGAGGGUCAUAACCGUUUUGUCUGGUAGUGGCAGGACAGACAGAUCAUCAGCACCAGUGUUGCUGCACUGAGACAGAAUGGUGCAGGUAGGAAUCAGGGAAGUGGGGUUGAGGGAAUAACCCCUCCACCAAAGAGCUUUGAUUUUUGAUCCUGGGCUUUGGUUUGGAGGGAAAACAAAAAGCCUAAUUACAGGAACAUUCCUUGCUGCCACUGAUCUUGAAAAAUGCUGUUGCUGCUCUGAGCUUCUGAAGAUAGCUUCAUUCUUCUACUUGAAUCUCAGCAGUUGUACUGUAUUGGCCUUCUGUCUCACCACACUGUCCUCUGAGUUCCAGUCUGCUGGCUGUGCUGUUGGCAGUGUCAGACUGAUAGGAGGGUAAAUGCUCCAUGCUGAGCAAUUCUUGUUCUUACAACUUGCACGUCUACACACAAAUGCGCAACACUUCUGCUGAAUCCUAGAAUGACUGACUGUUCAUACAGAAACCACUAAAUAACUUACUUUUCUAGAGCUCUUCUUUUAUUGCUGCGGAUCUUGAUCCUUCUCCUUCCCUCGUUCCAAGAGAUACUUAUUUACUCAUUUUUGCAUUGUUUGAUGGAUGUGCACUGAAUGUUUAAGAUUAGCUGUCUAUGUUACACAUUUAAAUCCCACAGUUUUUUGUCUACAGGUCAGGUAAGAUGUCCUAGAAAUGUCCCUUCAACAGCUACUCAGCAGCUUAGAUGUCCAGUUUGGAAAACUUGUGGGAGGCCUUGGAAAUCAAUGUAUUAUUGUCAGAGCCUGCCAUAUACAAGCCAACUUUCUUCCAGGAAACUUUGAAAAGUUCACGUGAGCUGCAGCUAAAGCACAACUGCUGGCUACAUGGGCUCAGUGUCUAAAGCAAUAAGAUGUGGUGGGCGCUAGGACUCCAUGGCAAUUUCUAGCCUGCCUGGUGUGGUGCUGGGGUAGAUGUGAGUUCAGAGAUCAGUCUAAUUACCUUUAAUGUGCCGUAGUUGUUCAGAAAUUUGUUGUCAGGCUUACAGAGUGAGAAACAGCUCUGUUUGCUGGGUGAUUCCUGUGGAGUAGUUGCAUUGCUAACGAGGACUCUAGUAGCUCAGCAGCAGCACUGGCUUUAAAACUGUUCCCAUGUAUCCCAUUGAGCCCUGCCAGAGGGCAUCACAGUCCUUGCUCCUCUGCUUUUUAAAUACCUUCUGUAUUCACAGGCCUUUCUAUUCUUUGUGUUUGGGGUUUUUUUUGAUUGAUAGGCUAAUAGACAAAUGUUUGAUUCAUCUCUUUGUGUCUAUUUUGGUAGCAGUAGGAUCUCUUUGCUUAAAAUUCGUAAUUUUGAUUGUGCCCCUUAGAGUUUGAAGCUGUGGAGGUGUUUGCUCAAGUGUACUCUGUCCUGAAAGCCUUCUUCUCUCCCCUUUGAGAGAGAUGCUUAUUGUAGUUCUGGUGUGUAAAUAGUGUUUGAAAUGUAAAUAGUAGCACACAGAUUAAAUGAUUCUUGCACAUGACUGCUUUUACCCUGAAAGUGUUUAUUCUACCAGGAAAAUUUGCUGAUGAGUCCUGAGAGGUUGUCUGGGCUGUCCCUUGCCCCAAUGGAGCAGCAGGGGCACCUCAGCUGCCUGUGCUUGCGUGUCUGCCCAGUGGGUGGGUGGCUGCACCUGAGGAAAGUGAAGUCCUGGCCAGUCCUUCGGGCCCUGGUUAGUAGCAGGGCCUCCCUUGCCCUUUGCUGCUUGGCUUUGGAACAGCAUUAGACUGUAAAGUGGUGAGUCGGUUGGCAGCACCUCCUACCAGUUAUGGGAGGUUGCCAUCACUUGUGGCAGGACAAAACAUGGUGCUAUAAGAACUGUCCUGGACAUCAAUCUGUAGUGUUUUUACUACUUUAGAGAUGCCCUUGUUAAAAUUGAUCUUGAUUAAUAUGGUUGGUUAUGAGAGAAACUAUUGUCUGAAUUUUUGAUUCUGUUUCCUUUCUUGCUAUGUAUGUCUUUUAGAUGCAUUGAAAUAGCAGUUCUGCAAAUACCUAGGAAGGAGAUUAGACCUCAAAAGGCGUCAAGCACUGCUGAAUGUUCCAGUUCCUCCCAUUUUUGUUUUUUCUCUGAAUCUUUUUCAGAUAUCUGUAACAGUUGAUGAAACUGUCAAAAAAAUUGAAAUAAUACUACCCCGAUCUAUUAGCUACCAAAUUUUGCCCCUUGAAAAAAACAAAUUAAAAAAAUCUGUCUCCCUUAACAUGCAGUAUACAAAGAAGUGUUGUACUACCAGCGUGCACGAGCACUGCUAGCUGUCUUUUCUGUUUUGGCAAUAUGUGUGUUAAUAAACAGCUCCAUGUGUGUUCGUGUUCACGCUGUGUACAUAGUAGAGAUGGACCUUGAGCUCUGGGGAGAUGGGGAUGUGGGUUUGUGACUCAGAGCCAUUUCUGUUAUAUAUAUUCCAGAUUAGUUCCAGCUGAAUCUUUCUCUCUGGUUCAUCUGAAGGUGUACAGCAAGGUGUCUAUAUUUACCUUUUGUGUAUCAUUCCUUUUUAUACGAAUGUAUUCUUUUGUGUUUCUUUUUUUAUCAGUUGUAAAAUUGAUUGUAAAAGCCAACUAUACUUACCAAUUGAAAGUAUUGCUAUAACAGAACUGCAUGCCCAGUAGAGUUUGACUUGAGCUUUAGUUUCCUGAUUUCAGACUGGUUCCCUUCAGUCUAGGAGAAAAGCAUAGAUCAGGUGUAUAAUGUAUUACUUGUCAUCUUUAGCAUUAGACUGUUUUAUUGUAUCACAUGCUGAUCUCAAUGGAUGUAACUGGAGUCUACUUAGGAAGUUAAUGCAACUUCCUGGUAAUUCAUUUUAAGCUAUUGAAAAUGGUCUUGGUCAUGCUACUUGUGUUCUUGGGUUUUUGUUUUUUAAUAAAGGCAUUUUUUAGGAAUGUUUUAAUACACUUAUGAUGGACAAUACAAUAGUUUUAAUAGUUGUGCAGUAUUCUGUAUUUACUUGAAGUAAAUCAUUUUAUAUGCAAUUUGUUAGAUAAUUACAAUUUUAUAAAUAAAAUUGUGUGAAAUA